AUGAAGCACGCUUUCACCCUUGCGGCUUUGGCCUUUGCCUCUGCCACCAUUGGUAUGUUCUCACAUCUCACUACACUUCGAUCUGAUAAUUUGCUAACCCUUCUUUAGGUGCUGCCCUCCCCGAGCGUCCUGAUUGCGGUUCGCCUUACUCCCCUCCAUGCCCAAAGGCCAUGUCAGCUACUGUUGACAAGCGACAAGGCUUCAUCGGUUUCGAGGGAGCACACCGUCCACCCCACGCUGACGAGGCUGGUGAGCGCCCAGACUGCGGUUCUCCAUACUCUCCACCAUGCCCUGCAGAGAUGGCUUACCCUCCUGGACACCAAUCUCCACCUCCACAAGUCUAA